AUGGGCAAUGACGGACGUGGUGCGUUCGGAUGCUGGUCGCGCCUCAUAGCCCACACGCCGCUGUCGUCGGUCAGCUCGCGCAAGGACUUCGCUCAGGAUCCCGCCCGGCGCCUGCACCGCUUCGAGAAGGAGUACAGCCAGCUUCUGCAAACAUGGCGCAACUCGUCCAACCUCGCCCACGACGUCGAUGCCGCCGAGCACAUCGAGAUUCGCCUUCAGGAGCUGACCAGGAUCCUCGGCGACGAGUCCCAGCGCCCGCUUCCCCAUCCGUGCAUCGCCUUCGCUGCCGCAAAGCAGAUCUACAUGCCCGUCGCCAAAAUCGCGACAAGCUCCUUCAAUGAGUGGAUCGUCAAGGAGGCCGUGCUCUUCUUCGCUACUCUGGUCGACGGCGAAGAGGAGCCCUUUGCGGAAAAUGAAGUCUUCUCGGCCAGCUUGACCAACUUGCUUGUGCGCAUAACUGGCGCCAACAGCAUCCGCCUGGGCGUCGAUACAGAGAUCCGUGUCGUAGAGCUUGCCUUCAACAUUACCACCAAGAUAAGACUUAAUCCCGACAUUCUGCCUGCCUGGUUCAAAUCGCGCCAGGACGGGCCCCAGGAGAAGGAGCCGGAGGACCAUGAUAAGUUCACUGGGAGAACGCAGAAGCAGGACUUCCCCUUGUUCUACCUGCUUAUGGAUCACAUCCACCAUGACGGCAAAGUGGGCGACUUUGCAAGAACAGGCCUCCUCUACGUCAUUGAGGCGGCGUCAAACUCGGUUCUGCUGGAGCAAUGGAUAGUCGAGAGUGACCUGUCGACACUCAUGGCCACAGGUCUAGGUGCUCUGUAUAGUCAGCUGAGUCGGAAGCUCGUCAUCGAUCAUCCAGCAAACGAUCUCCCGCCCAUCCUUGCCUUUUCCGACUACCAGCACCCCAAGUCCAGCUACGAAGUUAUCAGCUCCUGUACCUUUGAGCUCCAAUCGCACCUGGACACAUUCCUGUCCCACCUCUUGUUUUGGCAGGAUGUCUUGAAUCACUGUAGAUCUAUCGAGGUCAAGUCUACUCUGCUCGAGCAUUUUCAGGUCAUUUUCUUGCAGCAAUUACUAUACCCCUCGUUACUCGAGUCCUCCGAUAUAGACGGAGGCUCUUCGGUAGCUGUUUUGACAUAUCUCCGGCGCAUACUAGAGUCGCUCGAGCACCCUGACAUGAUAAACCUCAUACUCCACUACCUCCUCGCCUUGCCAGAUAUUGUGGCCGCUGUCCCUUCAGAUGCGCUUGAUGUGGUGAGCGCAGCGCGGAAGCGCAAGUCGCUUGAUCUCGCAACCAUGAUGGCAUCCAAGGGCGAGGCUGCUGCAGACCCAUUGCUUUUCAAUCUAGUCGAUCUCAUCCUUGCGUGUCUCCGGUCCCAUAGUCACCAGACAAUUUAUGUCACUCUCCAACUUGUUUCGGUGAUUCUUAAGAAGCACCACCGAUACGCCGUCACCACCUUGCUCUACACAGAGGGCGUCAUGGGCCCGUCGACGCAUCGAAUAUGGGGCGCCCACCAACAGGAGAUCGAUUAUAUCAUGUCCCUUGCAGGGACUAUUGGCGGCCAGGACAAUUUCAACGAGGUCUACGAAAACAUUCAGAAGGACACCCUAGUGAAGUUGGAGAACCACCCAUGUUCUAUCAAGUUAGUCACGCCAAAGACCUCAACCAAUAAUCACAAGCUGCCCGCCAUUCCCGAUAGCCUUCCUAGCGCUCCAAGAGAUGUGCGUUCUCACACUCUUCGCCCUGAUGACCCGCUGCUCAACAUCAUCCUCGACCGGCUCCAGACGUUUUUUGUCAACCCGGUCGAAACAAAUCUUGCACUGACAGAAACCAUAUCCGAUCUCUCAGUAUGCGGCUUCAUGCAUCUCGAGGGCUGGUUUCUGCGACAUCCUAACAACUACACCUUUGAAGAGGACGACGAAGGACCGCCGCUGCCUGAGCCACCACUUGACCCAGAGUCUCCGGAAUAUAUCGAAUACAAACAGGGGCAGUCGAUGAAAGAGUGCCGCAGGCGUCCGAAAUGGGUCCAGGCAAAACUACCACGUCUGCUCAUAAUCCUUCACACACUAUGCGAGCAAGUGGUGUCCUACAGACACACGGUUCCGCGCUUUGAUGACCUCCUUCAACAGCGCCGUGAGGCUUUCCAGAUCGCCGACUCGGCAGUUCCCAUCCCUUUUCCUACGCGGACUAAGAAUCCCCUCUCCCACUCUCCGGCUCGUACCAGUUCGCCUGUCAUAGAGCGUGCGGUCGUCGAAGAGAAUCGUAACACAUCUCGAGAACGGCCUUCCGGCCUGGAAGGCUUCGCGCAGCGCAUUUUCUCGGAGCUUAGCACGCCGAGUCGCUCAGGAAGUCCGCGUGGCCGGAAGGAGACGAAGCGAAGCUCGUCGGACCGAUCAACGCCUGUGCCAUUUGCCGGCCGCGAUAGCCCUGUCAGCAACUUCGAUACGCCGCUACGGGGCUCCGCACAAAGCGGCCUUGGUAUCAGAUCGUUCUCACCGGGUAGCAUGUCGAACGGGCCGCCGUGGGAAAACAGAGGGCGGGAUGAUGCAGUUGCCAACCAAGCGAAAGCAUUCCAGGCCAUUGAUCAGAGUAUCCUGGCGAGACGAGUGGGCAUCCCAACCAUCAGACCCCAGGAUGGCGAGAGGGUUGCCCCGAUUCCGCUGGAUUUCAGUAAAACGCAGCAGCAACAGCUAUCUGCUAGAUCAAUAGUUGAUGGCGACGGAGCCCCACCAACACACCGGAGCACUGGAGGUGAUGACGGGCAGAGCGAGUCGGUCCCGGUAUCCGAGGAUGGCACAACAGAAUCGACGCCUGUUGAAGAGAUAACCGUGUCUGUCUCGCACGUCCUCACCAACGUCAUCGUCUUUCAGUCAUUCCUCCUCGAACUCGCUAGCAUAGUGCAGGUGCGAGCAGGGCUUUUCGACGAAGUACGCCAUCUUUAA